AUGAGCGUAACGAGGCCCUUCAAAGCAACGGACAUGUUCAGGUUCAACCAUAUUAACUUGGACUUGUGGACAGAGACUUAUGGCAUCAACUUUUAUCUUGGAUAUUUGUCGCGUUGGCCGGACUUGUGUUCUGUAGAGGAGUCCCCGAAUGGACGUAUGAUGGGCUAUAUUCUCGGCAAGGCUGAGGGGCAGGGCACAGAAUGGCACGGGCACAUCACCGCCCUCACCGUCGCGCCCGAGUACCGCCGACUCUCGCUCGCCCGCAAAAUGAUCGACUAUCUCGAGCGCGUCUCGGACAACAACUACCACGGCUUCUUCGUCGACCUCUACGUCCGGUGUACGAAUACCGUUGCUAUAGGCAUGUACGAGGGGCUGGGGUACAGUGUAUAUAGGAGGGUACGGGAGUACUACGGCAGCUUAGGGCUGGGACGGAACGCGAAGGAUGAAGAGGACGCGUUCGAUAUGCGGAAACCGCUAUCUCGGGAUCCAAUGCGGCGCUCUGUGCGGCCAAAUGGACGAGAGAUAUCUGUCAGCGCUCACGAUGUGUCAUAG